UAAGUAACACUGUGCAUGCAGGACUUGACUUUGACUUGUAAUGAAGUAUUCUUAUAUUGUGAUACUGCUACUUUUACACUAAUUCCGCCUCUGGAUACUGACUGUAAGACCAACACAGUGACAAAGCUCAGUCAUAUAUCCCCCCACCCCCCAGAAGCCAGAAGCAUCAAACCUUUGCACAAGAAGACACUACUACUGAACACCUCCUCACCAGAUGGAGUUCUUGAUCCUGAGCUGCAGAGCGCUGGCCUCAGCGCCUUGCAGCCCGGGGAGCAGGCCGGGCAGGCUCCUCGCCCCGCGGUCCGCCUGCUGCUGGGGGUCCUCCUCGGCCAUCGCGGCGGGUCUCGGGACGGGACUCUGCGGGACUGGACGGGACGGGAGGCGUGGACGGGUGUACUCGCCGGCACAGUUAAGCAACAUGGACCGGAGGACGUUGCGAUGCUAACGGGACAGCAGCGCGCCCUGUUGUUGUUGUCGCCACCCAGCCCUCCUCCGACAUCGCUCGCUCCAAGUCCCCGACACUUGCCGAAGAAACGCCCUUCUUCUAGCAGUAAGGCUGAGAGGUCCCAGAGGGAUGACGUAAGACAGCAGGUAAAAUCUGCCUCUGGUCCAACAAAGCGCACAGAUGACCUUCUUGCUAAAGAAGAACAAUACAAACUCUUAAAUGCGGAGCUGGAAGCCAAAACUGCAGAGCUAGUAAGACAGACAGAGCAACUCAUGAGAGAACAAAGUGAAGUUCUGUCAAAACCCUUAUCCGCCCUCCUGCUCACCGACAUUGAGGAUGAAGAGGAUUCAAGGAUAAUAAAGCCUCAUCAGUGCGCUGUGCAGGCGCCCGGUGCGAAGGUGGUGACCAAAAAAAGGGUCACAUUAACAUCACAAAACAUGGGUGCAGGAAAACACGGAAAAGAGCCUCGCAGUAAAACACCAACCCCGACAGUGUCUCAUGUGGAUAAUUCAGCAGCUGUAGAAGACUCGACUGACUUUUUCCUGGCAAAGACGAUCCGUAGCAUGGAGGAGAAGAUGAACGACACUGUGACUCAUGAAAGUGUUGUGGAUGAUGUGUCUUACGCUGGAGACAACGUAGGAUCAGGCAUUUCAGAUGCUCAAAUACGCGUUCUGAAGGCAAAACUACGGAUUAUGCAAGAGGAACUGGAUCAACUCUCAUGUGAAUAUUACAAGAAGGAUGAUGAAAACGCCAAGCUUUGUGCAAAAAUUAAGGAGCUUGAGGAAGAUCGAGCCAGGCUGCAGAAAACAACAGGCAUCCAGCAAACACAGAUUGAGAAGCACAGAGCUUUAGCGGAGGAGUCGGGCAAAAAAUGUGAAGGCCUUCAGCUGCAAGUGUCUGCUUUACACAAGGAAAUAGAAAACCUGAACAGAUCCCAGAAACAAGCAGCAGGUGUCCACGGCACCGUGGAGGUUCGUCUGAACAGAGCCUUGGAGGAAGGGGAGAAGUUAAAGACUCAACUGAACAAGAUGAAACAGAUGAACAAGGACAAGAAAAGCGAGGAACAUCAGAGCAAAGAAAAUCUUAUUGCUGAAAACAAAAUGCUAAAAAAACAGAAAGCAGAGCUAAUCGUGGGUUUCAAGAAACAGCUCAAACUGAUCGACGUCCUCAAAAGACAAAAGAUGCAUUUUGAAGCUGCCAAGCUGCUGUCGUUCACAGAAGACGAGUUCAUGAAAGCUCUAGACUGGGGGAAGUCAUAGACGAAGAGCCAAAGACAUCAGUUAACUGAAUCUGAUCAGUACGACAAUUAAAAAGUUUGAAUUCAACAUUUGUCUCCUAAUUAUUA